AUGGAAGUUUCUUUUUUAGGCCUUGCUCUAGCAGCUAUUCUCAUUCUCCAAUUGUCUACCCCAAUAAACUCAUCAUGCUCAGCCACUAGACCUUUACCUGCAAGAAACACAAACAUAGAAUAUAUUAAAACAUCAUGUUAUAACACCACAAUCUAUCCCAAGUUAUGCUACCACACCCUUGCAAUCUAUGCGAGCAAAAUCAAAACCAACCCUAAAACACUAGCUAAUACUGCUCUUAAUGUGAGCCUUAUCAACACCGACUCAACAUCAAGGUUGAUGAAAAGGGUGUCCAAAAUUCCUGGUCUAGAACCAAGAGUGGUUGCAGCCAUGUUAGAUUGCGUAGAGGAGGUUGGUGACUCGGUGUAUGAGCUACAAAGGUCUAUGGAAGAGAUGGGUCACGCUGGCGGAUCAAAUUUUACCAUGGUAAUGAGUGAUGUAGAAACAUGGGUUAGUGCAGCGUUAACAGAUGAUGACACCUGCUUGGAUGGAUUUGCUGAAGAGGCGAUGAAUAAAAAAGUGAAGGCCAUUGUUAAGAGACACAUACAAAGAAUUGCACGUUUGACUAGUAAUGCGUUGGCUCUUGUCAAUAGAUUUGCUUCAACUCAAGACGGCUUACCUUAA